UCAAACCUCCCUCAGACCUCACCUCAAUGCCUCACUCUUCUUCUUCUUCCUCAACCCUCAAUCCUCUGACCUCACCCUCUUCUCCACUGUCUCACGCUCACUGCCCAGACUCAUCCCCUAGCCACGCACGAUUCGCAGGCGUCACCUCCUCCUUGCUGCUUCGCCGGUUCGUCCUCGCCCAUCUCCACCAGUCCUCCUCCAUCCGCGAAUCGCCGGCGUGACCAGAAGCUCCGGGCUUCUCCUCCUCUGCAGUCUGCUCCGCGCCUCUAUUGCUCCUCGAUGGAAACUAGUGAGGAACAAAAGUAUGGAGUGCGAAGACUGGAGAUGUCCGACAAGGGCAAAGGUUUCAUAGAGCUACUGCAACAACUUAGUGUUUGUGAUUCUGUCUCUGACAAGGAGUUUGAGGAUAGAUUCCGAGAGCUCAGUUCCCUCGGAGACGACCAUGUUAUCUGCGUCAUUGAAGACCAUGUUUCCAAGAAGAUUAUUGCUACGGGGAGCGUGUUCAUCGAGAAGAAGUUUCUAAGAAACUGUGGCAAGGUUGGUCACAUUGAGGACGUUGUUGUGGAUUCCAGCACUCGUGGGAAGCAACUGGGAAAGAAGAUAAUCAACUUCCUAACUGAUCAUGCUCGUUCAAUGGGCUGCUACAAGGUCAUUCUUGAUUGCAGCAUUGAAAACAAGCUCUUCUAUGAGAAGUGUGGCUUCAAGCAGAAAGAAAUUCAGAUGGUUAGGUAUUUCGUUUGAGUCGGUAGCUUUUCUAACUAUUCAGAUAAUUAUGAGUAUGUUUUGUUAACGUGUUGUAACUUAGUACAUGACCUUUGUUCCCUUCAUUUUUUUACCUUCUCAGUUCAAUUGUGAUUUAAGAUUCCUUUGUUCAAUAGAAAUGGCACCUUCAAACAUCUGUUCAGAAACACAAGCAUAUCAGCAUAUGCACAUAUGUUUUAAAUUACAUUGCCAAGACAUUCCUUGCCUAUAUCACUUGAUACAUUUGUUAUAAACAAU